GACCGAUUCUCAAGUCAACCGCAGGUGGUAGACGCCCAGCACAUCGCCUUGAUCUCUGCGCCAUCUCUCACACAUGCUAUCUUGACUGCUGCGCUCGUUGAACUGCUGAACUAUGCCGGCAGGAUAUGCUCCUCUGCCAAAUCCUCGCUCUGAGCCAGAGGCCGAGCGCGAGCUGGAGGAUGCCUUUGAAGACGAUGACGAACAUCACACAGAAUCCACGCCCUUGACGCAUGGAUAUGCACCAACAGAAUCACUUUCCUCUACAAGCUCGACAGCGCCCGGAGCAUACGAUUUCGAACGGGAAUAUGACUAUCCACCUCCGGGGUCGCCACCCAGUCCAUCACCAUUCGCACUGCCUAACAACAUCGGGAAUACCAAUGGAGAGUUGCCUUCGACUCCUGUCCGUCCUACUCCUCCACGUCCAUCAUUCCUCAGGCGCGCAGUCGGGGCACUGCUGCCUCAGUACUACACUAGGGUGCCCACGGAGCUGAGCUCCUCACGGCGGGUGGGCGGAGGAGAGGACAAUGAUGGCGUGUUCGCAAAUGUGAUGGCGAAACCUGGGCGAUCAGUGGCGAUGACCGGCCAGAAUGGGGAGGUUAUCAUGGUUCCGGAGGAGGCACAGAACGACUUGCCGCCGUCCUAUAACGAAGCGCAGGCAGACGCCGUCCCAACCUACUGGGAGACAACCGUACAUGCACCGUCCCUGCUCUCCGCAAACGGAGAGAUGCUCGUGGACGACCUUCCGACCGGCUCUCUCAUCUUCUUCAUCACGACGGCAUUCAUCUCAUACUUCUUCCAGUUCGUCGGCUUCGUGCUCACGUAUCUGCUGCACUCGACCCAUGCGGCCAAGUAUGGUUCGCGCGCGGGCCUCGGCUUGACAAUGAUCCAGUAUGGCUUCUACUCGCGCUCUCAAGCAGCCGAGGGCGAGGGCGGGCAAGGGCAGGAACUCGUUUAUUGGAAUAAGACGACUGGAAUUCCGACCGUCAUCCCACAGACUAGCUCGGGCAUGGCAAUGCUCCCAAACGGCACGAUGAUUGACGUCUCCACCUCUGACUUUGGCGCGUCGUCUCGCGAGUGGAUGUCCCUUCUACUCAUUGUCCUUGGUUGGCUCCUCUUCCUCUCAUCGGUCAUCGGCUUUUAUCGUGUAAAACGCUGGGAAAAGUCCAUUCGGGACGCUGCGAACCAAACACCGCUCACGCCGGAGCAGAUUCAACGUGAUGUUGAGGUACGGCGGAACAUCGAGCGUGUCUUUGGUAUCCUCGACUACGGCGGCAGCGACGAGAACGACGAGAGGCGUACGGAGCAGAUGCAGCAGACACCCAUGCACAUCCCUGAGGCCGACAUGAGAAUGCAGAGAGACCUGAGAGAAGCCGGCUUGUUGUAAAUUAAAGAUGGAGCUAGAUUCCGGACUUUUCUGCAUACCCGUGAUGUUAUCUCCGUCUUUAUAGGAUUGUACUAUGUUCCCUACAGACUAUGCAGUUGUUUGCAUUCCAUGCUCCAUUUCUUUAAUGUGAUACAGU